GGUGACUGAACCAUCUUUAAUCGAUGUUUAUUUCAUUUUAACUUCCUUCGAAUCUUCGAAUCUCUGAUAUAGCUUUUCAAGUCCAUCUAUUCCAAAUCGACACAAUAAAUCUAUCUAUCUAACCACCUAUUCGGAUUUCCAUUCUCCGCGAAAACAUCAUCACUGUCACCAUCACCACCUCCGAAAUCCCCCCCCCCCUAACCCACCAAAGAUGUUAUACCCAAUAUCCAUCCUCCUCCCCCUCUACAUCUAUCCGCUCCCCCUCGCCUGGAACUGGCUCUUAACAACCAUUCCCCUCUACCCCUCCAUAACCUACACACUUAUUAUCAAUCCAUCCACCGGACCCGGCACUCUCAAUUCCUUUCCCGAUUCAAGCUACAUCGAUGCCAUCGCCUCUCUGAAUGCAUUUGAUAAUGUACAGUUAUUAGGGUAUGUAGAUACGGCGUAUAUGCAUCGGGCUGUUGAAGAUGUUGUUGCCGAGGUGGGAACUUACAACCACUGGCAAACCAACCCCGCAAAAGAUAUUCACAUGCACGGCAUAUUCUUCGACGACUGCGUCUCCAACUGGAACCUCAGCACUUCUCAGUACAUGAGCACCAUCGCCAGUUCCGCCCACCAAUCCAAUCUCAGCGUAACAUUCAAUCCAGGCGUUCUUGCCGAUCCCUCUUUCUUCUCUCUCGCAGAUAACAUUUUAAUGAUUGAAGAUACAUACGAUAUUUCUAAAGCUCUACCGAGUAUUGAUUCUAUUCCCACCAACCAAAGUUCCAAAUCUUCCGUUAUAUUCCAUCAUUUUACCGGCUCUGCAAGCAAUCAAUCGAUGCUAGUUAAGGAAAUCUUGACUAAAGGUAUCAAUUCGCUAUACAUCACCACCGCGAAUUACACUAGCCAAAGUGAUCUUUGGACACAAUUCCUCGCUGCCGUAUUCGCAAGUGCAAGUCUUAGCUAAAACAUUUAUUCAAAAAGAGAGAGGGGCGGUGGAAGGGAAAAAAAAUCAUAAUCAUCGAUGCCAUUCUUGUGGACGAGAAUACAUCUUCAUUCAGACUCAAAUAGCUCACUAGGAAAUCUGGUAUUUCCAUCAGAGGUAUUGAUCAUCGAAUCGAUACGAGAUAAGUGAUAAGUGAGCACUCAUCUCUGCCACACUAGCUAGUCAUAUAAAAUCUCGAUCGCCAUAUCUAUGAAUAAUAUGUUUCAGCCCCUCUCACCUCUUUAAAGUUUCAUGUGAAUGUGAUAAAUCAUGUGAUUAAUUCAAAAUGUUUCACCCACACA